AUGGCGACUGAAAAACCUAUUACUACAGAGACCGUUGCUCUCACGGAGAAGAAAAUGGACAUGUCUUUAGAUGCUAUUAUCAAGAUGUCAAAGAGUAAUAAUACUAAUGUGAAUAAAGGCAAGAAACAGAGAGCAUCGAAUAAAAAAGAGAGUGUAAAUGGUGCUGCGAAGAAAACGGCAAAAGCGCAGCGUUAUAUGGACUCAAGGUCUGAUGUUAGACAGGGUGCUUUUGCUAAGAGAAGGUCUAAUUUCAAUGGAAACCAGUUUCCUGAAACCACAGCCGUUGCUCGUAAAGCCGCUUCUGCUACCCAGCAACGUGGUAGACCUUAUAAUGCUGGAAGGAUGACUAACACGGAUCAAUCAAGGUUUGUUACACCACCAGCUCAGAACAGAUCUGCACACAGAGGGUUUGUCGCAAAGCAGCAGCAGCAAAGGGAGGAGAAGACAGAGGAGAAGCAAGUAAAUGGAGGACAGAGGCAAUGGCCACAGACACUGGAUUCUCGGUUUGCGAAUUUGAAGGAAGAGAGAAUGAGAAUGACAAGGGUUGCAGACGAGGGAAGAAAUGUAAGCAACAAUGGCAUUGGCUUGCAUCAUUAUCACCAUCACCAGCAACAUCAGGUGGUCCAGUGGGGAAGAAGACCCACAAGAUUCCCUUACUGA